CUCUCACCAGGCCGUCAUCGCGGCCAUUCGAACAAGCUUGCCCGGCAAUUCGGGAAUCUGGGGACCGAUAGGUAUGAAAGCUUAAUUCUCACACGUCUCAUCCAUCAUUCGAGCUUAAUAUCGUGCGCCAAGGACAACACUGACUUGGCAGGGCUAUGGCGUUGCUGACAAGGCUGCAGUACAUCCGUUGUGAGGAGAAGAAGAGUGCUGAAAGAGGAGAUUGUUCGCUGCUGCAAUGUACUAGCAGGCCCGGGAGACGUGAGAGAGGACUCAAUGCACGCCGCUCGUGGACAUCGUUGCGCCUUGCCCUGCACGCGCGGUCUCAUUGUGUCCCAAGGUUGUUCAUUCCUACCAGUGCUGCGCCUCAUUCUUGCAGGUUGCCGGUGCACCCAUCGUUGUGCUCGCCCUGCGACUUCGAAUCGCACGCAGAAUCGAAACAGAGACGGCGGGGUCGUUGCAGAGCAAUCAACAUGGCCACCACAACACCUGGGCGGUAUGGAGAUGCAGUAGGGUGCUAUAAAUGUAAUAAAUGUUGUCUUUUCCAUGCAUUGUCAGAGUCACCUGAACACCCGGUACACGUGUAGCCUAUAGGCACGCGAACGGCGACAGUGUGGUGGUGGGGACCAACUGCAGAUCAGAUUCGCUUCCAGAGAGACGUACGUGGUACUGCGCAUCCGUGUCUGCUAAUACUGGUGUGAAUUGUGACGGAGAAAUAUUCUGUUCUCG